GGUACACAGCCCACGGCGCACACACUCACGCACGCACACACGCACAGCUGCAUCUCCUCGUCCACACUCAACAUUUCCACUCUCUCUCCUCUGUGUGUGUGUAUCGGCUGGAACUUCAUGGUGACAGAUGGAGACCUUCAAUCACCAACUGAACACUUACAUACAGUCAUGGAUGGGUCCCAGAGAUCAGCGGGUGAAGGGAUGGCUGCUGUUGGACAAUUACCCACCAACCUUUGCACUCACAGUUAUGUACCUUCUGAUUGUGUGGAUGGGACCCAAGUACAUGAAGCACCGGCAGCCGUACUCCUGCAGAGGCCUCAUGGUGCUCUACAAUCUGGGCCUCACGCUCUUGUCUUUCUACAUGUUCUAUGAGCUCGUUACUGCUGCGUGGUAUGGUGGCUACAACCUCUACUGUCAGAACACUCACAGUGCACCAGAAGCAGAUAAUAAGGUCAUGAAUGUCCUGUGGUGGUACUACUUCUCCAAGCUAAUUGAGUUCAUGGAUACGUUUUUCUUCAUCCUACGAAAGAACAAUCACCAGCUCACGUUUCUUCACAUCUACCACCACGCCAGCAUGCUGAAUAUCUGGUGGUUUGUUAUGAACUGGAUAGCCUGUGGCCACUCGUACUUCGGUGCAGCCAUCAACAGCUUUGUCCACGUUGUGAUGUACUCGUACUACGGCCUCUCCGCCAUCCCAGCCAUAAGGCCGUACCUUUGGUGGAAGAAAUACAUCACACAGUUUCAGCUGAUCCAAUUCUUUUUAACUAUGUUCCACACAUCCUGGGCCGUCAUUUGGCCGUGUGGCUUCCCCUCGAGGUGGCUGUACUUCCAAUUCAUUUACAUGGUCUCACUCAUUAUCCUUUUCUCAAACUUCUACAUUCAGACGUACAAGAAGCAAAGUACUCUUAAGAAGGGGCAACAGAACGGCUCUGCUGUAUCGAGAAAUGGACAUGCAAAUGGGACAACGUCUACGGCGAGCACUGCACACAAGAAACUGUGGGUGGAUUGACAUUUGAGAACCCGUCACUCGAAGCUCACUGUAGUGUGUUAGCUAAUGCUGCUAGAGGGUACAUGAACCUUCUUAUCUAGAAGAGUCUAGCAUUCACUAGAGAUAGAAAAGCCAUACCCAGAUGUAUACAGAGACUAUCCAUGUUUCCGCUCACUCUGCUACACAUGGCAUUGAAUAAUGAAAUUGUUAUAUUUAAAGGACAAGAGAUUUGUAAUAGGGCUGGGUUUAAAACAGACUGUCUUAAUUCAAGUAGAUUUUAAAUGAUCAAAUUAUAAAACCAAGCCAUUUUGAAUAUUGAAACAAAUUGAAACUUUUAGCACUUUGAUAUACCAAGACCUGGAUGACUGAGAAUCUCCACAGACAUGUACAGAAAUGAAAGAAAUACCUCAAAUCUCCAAAACUGUUUUUCAAGAAAUCACCUCAAUAUGCAAAAUAUAUUCAAGCGUCACUGGAGACCCACCAAACCCACUGGAGACGGUAUUUGUAAUAAAUGUUCCACCCAAUUCUCUGCGUGCACGAUUGGGUGUGUGUUAUGUACACUGGCUGCCUGGAGAUUUGCUUUAAAUGUUGCUGUUUGAAAUCAGCUGAACAUACGUAUACAUGGUUUUUAAUGCAAGAGAUUUGUUUACCUAUCUGCACGACAUUCCCUGCAGUAAAGAAAGCACACAACACUCGGCGGUCAUGUAAACGUUAACAUAUUUAAUAAUGCACAACGUUCCUUGUAUAAUUAAUUAAUCUGGUAUGUAAUCAAUUGGAUUUAAAUAGAGUAGCGAUACCCAGUGUUAUAUUGUAGAAUGGUUGACUCUGCACAAUAUUCCCUCCUCAGGAAUACAAAACAUUGUAUGCAUACAGCAAUACUGCUUCACACGCAGAUCCUCCAAAGAUGAAAGCUCCAGUAGGUGUGUUUUAUUAAAUUCAGUGACAUCAACCUAAGCGACAAUUAAAACAACACAGUAUUUAUGCUCCUUCAUUUGUAACUAGAGCAUUUAUCUUGUGUCUUGCCUUAUCUUAUUCCUGCCUGUGCUGUUACAUAAUCCUGAUUAUUGCCCUGUGUAAAACUGAGAGGCAUUUUAUGGCAGGUGGUAGCAGCGGAAUUCGCAUUUUGCUGUAUAUUUGCAGUGCAGGGUCUCCAGUUUGGAAUAUAGAGCCAUUUAACCAAAGCAGUGCAAUGAUUCGUUUCAAAACACAAUGUUGGUUGUUGUAUUUAAUGAGCACAAUUUAAACUCCGUCCACAUUAACAUUCCCAAUCACACUGUUAUGUCCACCGCAGCUUUAUCCAGUAAAUGAGUUUACAACUUGAAUUCACUGAUAUGAAUUAGUUCAUUCAUAAGAAGCGAUACCAAGUAGGUUGGCAAUGUACCUGCUUAUUAGUCACUAUUUAGGUAUCACUUUUAUCGAGCCAGUAUCAUACUGAAUAAUUCAGUAAUGAAUACUCAAAUACAUUAUACACACAGAAACAGUUGAAAAAGAGAGGCACACAUUAUGGAUCAUAGAAUUAGCCACAAGGUCCAUUUAGUUGAUGCUCUGGAGCCUUUGUCACAUUCACCAACAGAUGGAUUUUUCCCAGGUGACAUUAAAAUGUAAAAACUGUAAUCUUCAUGUUCUGAGGAAGAUGACGUGUUAUAAUCAAAAGCUCCAGAGCAGCAACUAAAUGGACCUCAAUCAUAGUGGAACAGUUUGGUCAAAUACAAUCUUUUUCUUUGGAUGUUUGUUUGUUUUAGGUUUGUUUUUUGAGGCUAUAGGUUAACAUGGUGCCUUCUGGACCAGUUGAUUUUGUUUCUAAUGUAGCAUCUUUCAUCUUUUUAAUAUUCUAAACACAUGUUGGUCCAUUUCAGGAUAAUAAGCUAUGCGUUGGAUGUCCUGUUCUAAUCCUGUGCCUAACUCUUUAUUUUCCUUCUUUUUUUUUUAUUGUCUCUUCAAGAUGUUCUAAAUGAUCAUUCUGAGUAACUGGCACAUACUAAAUGCAAUAACGAUGUGUAUCUCAAGUUGAAGGUAUAGUUUUAGAAUUGGAUUCGAUAAGAAGAUCAAUACCACUUCCAUGAGGUAUGAUGGUUUUCUCACCUAUUGCUCAGCAAGAAAGUGAAAAAUCCAAUUGUCAGAUGAUUUUUGCUUCAACAUUAUUCAACAUUUUUCUGUGAAGUAAGAACAACAGCCGUUUCAUGAGAAUGUUUUUUAUGGGUACUUUUACUUUCCUUACAGGGACCUGUUGUACGCAGUAAAGGGUGGUAGAGAAAACACUGUUUGAAUUAUCAACUGUGAAUCUGACACCCUGGUCGCGGCCGCGUUGCUCGACCGAGCUGAUUGAAUUUAAUGAGACUGUGUGGCCUUAACCACUGAAUGAGCAUGACAUGUUUCUCAAAUGUACAUGUGACCUACUUUCAUGUUCGCUGCAUUUGAAAUAAUCUGAAUAAUACAUGUAGAGGCCACAGUUUCUCUGUUUGAUCAAUCUGGACCACUAAUAUGCUCAGAUUACACAAAUUGGUUUGACAAGCACAGACCAAAUUUAACUUCAUUCAUCAUUUAUUUGAAUUUCCAUUUCCAUGUCAUCUGGUUCCUCUGUUGAGACGGUGACAGUGGUGAAGCUAAUGUUUGAGGGCAGGAUAAGCAUUUAAUUGAAAAGCAAAAAAAAGUAUCAGGUAUACUACAUACAUUUUCUAAAAUAUUAUAAUUAUAUUUUCUGAAAUCAGAGAUAUGUAGGUUGAUAUGUUCUAACUCAUGAUUUACUCUAUUUAUUAAAAACGAUUGU